AUGAUUGUCCGAUCUGUGAGGAUUUUCGUUACAAUUGCCUUUUUGGAAAUGAUCAGCUCUUCAGAAGUAAAAUCGAAUAAUUUUGAUCCAGAUGAUUGCUACGAGCCAGGAACGAAUUUCAAAGAGAACGAGAAGAAUUUAGGUUACUGUCCAUGUAAAUAUGGAUACGGAGGACCUACAUGUUUUGAGAUUUUUGAUUGCGUAAGUGGACAUUUGAGAAUGGAAAAUUGUUCGAGAGAAAUUCAUCACGAAUAUGAUCUUCAAUGGAGAUGUGCAGCCACAGAAAAAGAAAUUGUCAAGAUCUGCACUUGUCCAGAAGGAUUCAGAGGAGAAACAUGUGAAUUCAUUUUGGAAAACACGUUAUCUACAUACUGGCAAACUGUUGGACAGUCUCAAAAGUUUUUCGAAGUGAUUUAUAACAAAUCAGAUUCAUGCAUGAGAAUAAUUGGAACGAAAAUUUUGAGAUCAGUGCUUGAGUAUCGUCGACUGAUCAUGGUUGUGACAUUUAUAGCGAUUUUGGGCCUUGCUUGGAGACACACCCAGAGACAAAGAAGACGAAUGACACAUAGUGUGAAUUGCCAGUCGGCGAGAAGCCGAGUUUUGAACUUGGACAAUUUUAAAAAUCCAAAUUUCUAUCAUCUCGUGGAUUCGAGAAGUCUGGAAGAAGCAGACGGAGAAAUUCGAUUGCCCGAAAAAAAGAGGAUAGAGGAAGAUUCUGUUUCAAGAUUUACAGAAGUUUCAGAAGUUUCAGAAGACGUUGACGUAGAAAUCAGCAUCCCGAAGGUUUCAAGGCCACAUCUCCAUAUUUGA